GAGCUACGAGGCUGCUUUCCCUGUAACAACCCCCCCUCUCUCUCUCAUCACAAAAGGAGAAAUUUCAAAACAACUGGCUUUUUCGUGAUAUUGGCCCCUAACUUUCUUUUUUUUUAUGAAAUUCUUGCGCAGUUCUGGUCAAUUGCGGCGACCAGUUUUUAAUUCAACGACGUUGGGUAAAUCCCUAUCCUUCUUCACGUCAUUUGCGUCGCGUGUGAACGUAUCACACCAAACACAUCAAUCAUGGACUCCGACAUUAUGGAGGACUCGGCCUUUGACGACUUCGAUAACGAGUCAGAUGGCUUCUCCCCAGAGCCGAAACCUAAGGCUAAGGCUCCUGCAAAGAAGGCAGCAGCAAAACCUGCAGCCAAGGCUGCAUCAAAAAAAAUGGUUCAGACAACCCUAAAGGCGACUAAGACUGCUCCUAAGAAACGCUCAAAGCCUGAUAGCGACGACGACGGCGGCGAUGAUGACGAUGUCUCGGGCUUCUCCAAUACGCCCCCGAGUGCGAAGAAGCAGAAAAAGGCAACCGCCACCAAGAAGUCGAGUGGUCCACCCUUAGGCGAGAUCGAGAACGAUAGCAUGGUGCUCGAUGACCCGAAGCCAGCCAAGAAGAAGACGGCUACGGAGACGUACCAAAAGUUGACACAACUCGAGCACAUUAUCAAGCGACCUGACACAUACAUCGGCUCUGUUGAACGUACUGAGCAGCAGAUGUGGGUGUUCAAUAAGGAGACUAACCAGAUGGAACUACGACCCAAGGUUGGCUUCGUGCCCGGUCUUUACAAAAUAUUUGACGAAAUUCUCGUCAACGCUGCAGACAACAAACAGCGAGACCCAAGCAUGACAUACAUGAAGGUGACGAUCAAUCGUGAAGAAGGUCAGAUCAUAGUCGAGAAUAACGGAAAAGGUAUUCCGGUAGAGAUCCACGAUAAGGAGAAGGUUUAUAUUCCGGAACUGGUUUUUGGACAUCUUCUUGCCGGUUCCAACUUUGAUGACGACGAGAAAAAGACCGUAGGUGGUCGAAACGGUUACGGUGCCAAGCUUUGCAACGUCUUCAGUACAGAGUUCACUCUGGAGUGUCAAGACUCUAAGAAUGGAAAACGCUACAAGCAGACGUGGAGGGACAACAUGGGCAAGAUGGACAAGGCAAAGAUAACAAGCAGCAAAUCUAGCGACUUUGUUCGUGUCAGCUUCAAACCGGAUUGGAAUAGGUUUGGUAUGCCUGAGGGCAUCGACGAUGAUCUCGAGUCGUUGCUUUACCGUCGAGUUUACGAUAUGGCUGGUACGGUGCGCGGUAUCAAAGUCUACCUCAACGACACCCAGAUCAAGCUAGACUUCAAGAAGUACUGCGAAAUGUACGCAAAAGCCAUUGCUCAUGAGCGAGGUGCCGAAGAGGGUACCGAACCUACCGCUACGGUCAUCCUUGAGGACAACAAGGCCCAUGCUCGGUGGGAGAUCGCCUUUGCCGUCUCAGACGGUUCUUUCCAGCAGGUCUCGUUUGUGAACUCUAUUGCUACUACCUCUGGUGGUACUCAUGUCAAUUACAUUGCUGACCAAAUCUGCGACUCGCUCCUGAAGACGUUGAACAAGAAAAAGAAGGGGCAUGCGCUGAAAGCCAAUCAUAUCCGUAACCACAUCUUCAUCUUCGUCAACUGUCUGAUUACCAAUCCUGCCUUUACUUCGCAGACUAAAGAGCAAAUGACGACUAAGCUCAGCCAGUUUGGAAGCAAAUGCCCUCUAACCGAAGGGUUCCUCAAGAAGAUCAGCCAGACGGAUGCAAUUAACAACAUUAUCCAAUUUGCGGAAGCCAAAGCUGAUAAGCUACUUGCCAAGAGUGACGGCAGCAAACGAUCAAGAAUUAGUAACGCCAAACUAGUCGACGCCAACUUGGCAGGCACCAAGAAUGGUUGGCAAUGUACUCUGAUCUUGACCGAAGGUGAUUCCGCCAAAAGUUUAGCUGUGGCUGGCCGUGCCAUUCUGGAUCCCGAUAAGAUUGGUGUUUUCCCCCUUCGAGGCAAGAUGCUGAACGUUCGUGACGCUUCAAUCGACCAGAUCAUGAAGAACCAAGAAAUUCAAAACAUCAAACAGUUCCUCGGGCUGAAGCACAAAACGGUUUAUACCGAUACCAAAUCUCUUCGAUAUGGGCAUCUGAUGAUCAUGGCCGAUCAGGAUCACGAUGGUAGCCAUAUCAAAGGUCUUCUUAUCAAUUUCCUUCAAGUUCAAUAUCCCUCCCUCCUCAAGAUUCCCGGGUUUUUCCAAGAAUUCAUCACGCCUAUCGUGAAGGUCUGGCAAGGACCAAAUCCCAAGAAACCCUUGAGGUUAAAAUCGUUCUUCACCCAACCUCAGUACGAGGAAUGGAAGGAACAGCACAAGAAUGAAUUGAAACGAUGGGAGUCGAAGUACUACAAGGGUUUGGGUACCAGUGACAACAAUGACGCCCAGGUCUAUUUCCAAGAUCUUGAUACCCAUUUGAAGACGUUCGAUGUGAUGCGCCCUCAAGAAGCCGAGCUAAUCGAGCUCGCUUUCUCCAAGAAGAAGGCGGAUGCCCGUAAAGAAUGGCUCGGUAACUUCGUACCGGGUACCUACCUCGACCACGCUAUCAAGCAGGUCACAUACGACGACUUCGUUAAUAAGGAGCUAAUACUAUUCAGUAUGGCUGACAACAUGCGAUCUAUCCCCUCAGUUAUCGAUGGCCUAAAACCUGGCCAGCGGAAGGUCAUCUACGCUUGUCUGAAACGAAAUCUAACCAAAGAUAAGAAGGUCGUCGAGUUGGCUGGUUAUGUGUCCGAACAAACGUCAUACCACCACGGUGAAAUAUCCUUGCACCAGACGAUCAUAGGCCUUGCACAAAACUUCGUCGGCUCCAACAAUGUUAACUAUCUCGAGCCCAGUGGUAACUUUGGUUCGCGACUUCAGGGUGGUUCCGAUGCUGCCAGCCCUCGUUAUAUCCAUACUCGUCUCUCUCCAUUUGCCCGCCGCAUAUUCUCGCCUCUGGACGAACCUAAACUAGAGCAUCAAGUCGAAGACGGGAAGAGAAUCGAACCGAAGGUCUAUGCACCUGUUAUCCCUAUGAUCUUGGUAAACGGCGCGGAUGGUAUCGGUACUGGUUGGAGUACGUCAAUCCCGAACUAUCACCCUCUAGAUAUUAUUAGAAAUCUAAAGCGGCGUAUGGGGCGUAUGGAUGGCGAAGACGAAAAGCCCUUUGAGACAAUGAUCCCCUGGUUCAGAGGUUGGAAGGGCACCGCACAACAGGCCGAGUCCCAUCGAUAUCAGUUCAACGGUAUUGUGAGCGUAGACGAGAAGAGACCGAAUGAGGUCAUGGUCACAGAACUACCCAUCCGCAUGUGGACGGAUGAUUUCAAGGCGAAGCUAGAGGAAAUAAUCCGAGGUGAAAAGGCUCCUUCGUUCAUCAAGGACUACAAGGAAUUCAACGACCACAACACUGUCCAUUUUGAGAUUCAGUUGGAUGAGAAGCAUAUGAACCAAGCCUUACAGGAGGGUCUCCUCGAGAAGUUCAAGUUGGUUAAGCAGGUCGCAACGUCUAAUUUGGUCGCAUUCGACACUCGUGGCAUGAUCCGCAAGUACGACAAAGUGGAAGAUAUUCUCGAGGAGUUCUACCACUACCGAUUGAAUAUGUACACUUUGCGAAAGAUGCACUGGCUCGGCGUUUACGAUGCAGACUACCGCAAGUUGAAAAACCAGGCCAGAUUCAUACAAGAGAUAAUGGAUGGUAAGCUCGUGGUAUCCCGCAAAAAGAAGCAGGUCAUCGUUGAGGAGCUUCGUGAGCGAAAAUACGAGGCUUUCCCUAAAGGACAAGAUUCCAAGAAGACCAAGACGGAGGAAGAAGAGGAGGAGGAGAACAACAACGACGAAGAUGAAGCGGUUGAAGACAGCACGGAUACCUCCGCAAAUGACUAUGAUUACCUUCUUUCGAUGGCGAUCUGGUCAUUUACCCAAGAGCGGCUCGACCGUCUCAAAGACCAGAUUACCAAGAAGAAAGCCGAGCGAGAUGCACUUGAUGCCCUCAGUGAGAAGGAUCUCUGGUGUAAAGACUUGGAUGACUUCGAAGAAGUGUGGGAAACCCAAAUGCGCCUCGAGCAGGAGAUUGCUACUGGUAUCCGCAGAAAGGGCCGCCGCACAUCAAAGAAGAUCGGUGCUGGUGGCGCUGGUGGACGGGGUCGCAAGGUAAAGAACGAUGAAGACGACUGGGCUCCGGUAGCAAAGUCGAAGCCGGGUCCUAAAGCUGCAGCCAAACCAAAAGAACCGCCCAAAGAAAAGUCUGUCCAACGUUUUGCGGCUAUGUUCAAUGGUGGCGCCAAGAAGGACACCACAAGCGGUGGUGGAGCAGAGUCGGAUUCGGAUCCGUUCUCGGACGAUGACUUUGCUAAGCUAAAGAAUCCAGCGAAGAAGGAGAAAGCAAGUACUCAAGACUCGGAUAUAGAGAUUCAAGAGAUCCAACCGGCACCUCGGACCAAACGUACCGCCGCUUCGAAAGCCAAGAGGUUUAUCGUAGAUGAUGACGAUGAAUCAGAAAGCGAUGACGACAAGAUGCUUGGUGAUGUCGGUGAUUUGGUCAAGGGUAUUACGAACGGCAAUACCAGUGCAUCCGAGAACAAGACUGGCCGACUUAGUUUGUUUUCCAUGUCGCGCCCGGAUAGCAGCAGCGGUAACAGCACUGGGUUAGGGUUAAAGAUUAAGAGCAAGCCUUCGAAGGUCUUGGACCUAGACGAUCAUGAUGACACCAACUAUGAGAUGCUGGCUAAACCAUCGCCUCACAAGAGUAACCGUGGGAAUGAGUUAGACAGUUUCCUCUCCGACGACGAUUUACCACCUGUCUCCAAAGCUCUGAGCAAGGCAAAGCCUUCAAAAGAGGAGCCUAAGCUCAAGCCUCGGUCCAAACCAACAACUGCCGCUGCGAGCACCAGCGAGCCGGCGGUUAAAGCACGUGGUCGACCUGCUGGAACGAAGAACAAGUCUAAGGAAGCUGCGCCUGUGAAGAAAGCGCCAGCGUCCAAGGCUGCGCACUUGUCACCAGCAGCGAAGGCCUAUGCUGCCAAGAAAGAGAAGGGGAAGCCGAAGAAGGAUGCUUUCGACAUGGACGAUGAUGAAGACGAUGAAGUCGAGAUGGCUGAUCCUGACUCUCCCCCGCCGAAGCCCGCGGCUCGUGGUCGGCCUGGUCGAGCUGCAGCAACCAAGUCAAAGCCUGUCUAUAUCAUUGAUGAUGACGAUGAUGAAGACGAAGACAGCUUACAGCUGCCUGAUGAUGACGAUGACGACGAUGAGCCAAGUGAUGCAUUCGCCAUGGACGACAGCGAGUGAUUCUCAUAAUAACUAGCUUCACGCACGCUUGUGAAUCACAGCUGUCACUCUCAACGAAAAUCAGUUAUAAUACGGCCAUCUUUUCAUAAGUGACAAUCCUAAUUAUUUUCAUCGUGGUAUCGAUGAGGAACGAAGCCGGCGUGGUGUGGUAUCAUAAACUUUUUUGUGAUUAACUAGGCGGGAAUGGUUUCUUGUCGGGGAGAGGGACGAGGCUAAGGGUGACGAUGGAUCACGAGGCGUUGGUGGUUUAUCUGACUUGGUCGCUAAUUGCUGACUUUAUUGGUGUACCUUUCCUGAUAUACAUACAGUAUCUCAUUUAUGUAUAUGUGCACUAAUAAAUAGGAACGGCAUCUUAACAGAA